AUGAGAAAACCAAAGCAAACUCUCAAAAGGAUUUUGUUUUUGCUGCUGGGGUUUUGCGUCAUAUGGUGUCUGAGCCUGUCGUAUUUUAUUCUGAGUAAAGUUGACCCGGAUGACACGAGUGGGACUACAGACCACAGGCUGACAAAGAAAAGUGAAGUGUGGGUGGAAACCAGUAAGGCUCAAGAUGUGAUGAAAAUUUUUGCCAGGUUUUUGGAAGAACUGCUGAACAUUGCUGAAUCUUCGAAAAAUAUCUCUUCUUCACCUUGUUUGAACGACAAAACAGAGGAACUUCAAGUGCUUGAGCUGAAGAUGGAGGCAGAGAAAGCCAAAGGUCAGCUGAAGGAUGAUUUGAUAAAUGAUCUGCGUUUGGAUAAACUCCAGCUGCGCCAACAAGUGACUCAACUGGAGGACCUUCUCAAGAUACAAAUGGAGAAGAAGCAGGAGCCGAAACAAGAAAAAAAGCCAGAGGGUGAAGCUGAAGCAGACAAAAAUUGCCCGCUGCCUCCUGCAGAUGGAUUUCCAGAGUGUGAGGGGAAAAUAAAGUGGAUGAAGGACAUGUGGAAGAGUGACCCUUGCUACAGCAGUUACGGUGUGAAUGGGUCACUGUGCUCCUUCAUCAUUUACCUCAGCGAGGUAGAGUCCUGGUGCCCAGUUCUUUCAGGCCGGAAGGUACGACCAUCUGAACUGGAAACGGUGAAGCUGGUAUCACACAAAGCUGCUGUACGCAACAAUAUGGAAGGUUUGUACCAAUCUCUGGCCAAUAAAACCCAGUUCAGAUGGAUCCAUCAACGGAUUAAAAGUAUGGAGGCGAUUUGGGUGGAGGCGGGACGCUCCCUUUCAGCCAAAUACAACCUGACGGAGCGGAACGUUAAACAGAUUCUGGUGCAUCCGGGUGCGAUUACAGAUGAAGCAAAUCUAAAAAUUGUGAACAACGCUUUCAGUGGAGGUCCUCUUGGGGAGCUAGUUCAGUGGAGUGAUCUUAUAUCCACACUUUACAUCUUGGGUCAUGAUCUUCACCUGUCUGCCUCCAUACCGACCCUCAAAACCUUUUUUGGUUCUGUGACUAGUAACUGUCCUCCUCGCCAUGCACAUGUGGAACCGAACCUGAUCUACACAGACAUUAUUGGUUUCAGACAAAUCACGUCUGUGCUGAAGGAAUCCUGGACAAAACACAAGUGUGUGAUCCGUGUGUUGGACUCUUUCGGCACUGAACCAGACUUCAAUCAUGCACAAUGGGCUGAGAAACAUAACCUUAAAAGUCCAUUUGGUGGUCUGAAUCUGAUCCCCAUGCAGUUCUACACCAUGUUCCCUCACACACCAGACAACACAUUCCUUGGCUUUGUGGUGCAGCAUCAGCUGAGCUCUGAAGAACGCGAGCAGCUCAAGUCCACCAAGAGGCAAAACCAGGCUCUCGUGUACGGAAAGCGUGCCGCAUUUUGGAAGGAUAAGGAGGCCUAUCUGAAUGUUAUCCACAAGUACUUGGAUGUCCACGGGACGGUGGACGACAGUGCUUUGAUUCCAAGUUACGUCACAAACCAUGGCAUCGUCAAAGGAACUGAAGUGCAGACCUUGUUGAGACAGAGCAAAGUUUUCGUGGGGUUGUCUUUUCCCUAUGAAGGACCAGCUCCUCUAGAGGCUUUGGCCAACGGCUGCAUUUUCCUGAACCCCAGGUUAAAACCUCCACAGAGCAGUCUGAACUCCGAGUUCUUCAAAGGGAAGCCCAACAUCCGAGAGGUGACCUCUCAGCACCCUUAUGCUGAGGCGAUAGGAGAGCCCUAUGUGUGGAUGGUGGACAUGUACAACCAAACGGACGUGCAGAGAACUAUCACUGCUAUUCUGAAUCACAGUAUUGAGCCCUACCUUCCGUAUGAGUUCACCUGUGAAGGAAUGCUGCAAAGAGUUAAUGUACUGAUAGAAAAACAGGACUUGUGUUCAGCUGCACAGAGCUGGCCGCCUCUGAGCGUGCUCCAGGUGGUGACGGCAGAAGCAGGUGUUUCGUGUAAACGGGCGUGUCAGAGGGCGGGGCUGAUCUGUGAACCUGCAUUCUUCUCACACCUCAACAAUGCUGAGAAUCUUGCCAGCCACGGUAUAGAGUGUCAAACCUCAGAGACUUCCAGUGAUUACAUUGUGCUUCCUGCCUACAACAGUGGCAGUAAACGAUGUCUGUUUCAGUCGGAUCAUCUGCUCUUCAGCUGUGUGAGAUCGGACCCGUCUCUCACACGAAUCUGCCCCUGCAGGGACUACAUCAAGGACCAAAUAGCCUUAUGCAAGACAUGUGUAUAAACUGUGGACAAAUGGACAUUUUGUCUCAUUGC